CUUAUAUUUCACCAAGGGGUGAAAUGUGGUGGGAUCCUCUCUGCCUCUUCCGGCAACAUCUCCAGCCCCAACUACCCAGGUCUGUACCCGUACAACAUGGAGUGUGUGUGGCUGAUUGUAGUGGCCGAGGGGUCCUCGGUCCUGCUCACCUUCCACGACUUUGAGUUGGAGUAUCACGUCACCUGCUCCUAUGACCACAUCAAGAUCUAUAACGGUGUAUCCGAGGAUGAGGGGAACCUGCUGGGGACGUUCUGUGGUGUCAUGUCCCCUCCUCAGUUCACCUCCUCCUGGAAUGUUAUGUCGAUCAUUUUCCACUCCGAUCGUCAUGUGACUCACAGAGGCUUCUCUGUGAGCUACAGGAAAGACAUGUGUGGUGGGGUCCUAACCGGUCUGUCUGGCAUCAUCUCCAGCCCCGGCUACAGUCCAGAUACCCAGUACAGCAACAACGCCGACUGUUCCUGGACGGUCCAUGUAUCCAACCGCAGCGUGGUCAGUCUGGUCUUCCUCGACUUCCAGCUGGAGAACAACGAGGGCUGUAAUUUUGACUUCGUGGCUCUCUUCGACGGCCCCACAGUCACCCACAGACACCUGGGGAACUACUGUGGAGGGGAGACACCUCCGAAAAUUGUUACUACCUCCAACCAGCUGCUGGUGGUGUUCAAGUCUGACUUCAACAUCGGGGGACGAGGGUUCAAGGCUUACUACUACUCAGGUGAAUGCCAGCAGGUGCUGUCUGUACCAAGUGCGGAUUUCACCAGCCCCCACUACCCUAACAUCUACCCAAACAACAUCAACUGUCACUGGACCAUCAACCUGGCCAGGGGCUACCGCAUCAAACUGUUCUUCAACGCUAUGGAGCUGGAGGACAGGAACAGCCUAUCAGACGAGUGUGACUAUGACUCAGUAGCAGUGCAUGAUGGGAGCAGGGAGACAGCCCCGUUGCUAGGGCGAUGGUGUGGCUCGGAACAACCCGGGUCUUUGAUCUCUAAGAGCAACAACAUGCUGGUGGUCCUCAGUACAGACAGGAACUAUGCUUAUAAAGGGUUCUCUGCUUCCUAUGUUGGAGUGGUACCAGUUAACAUCAGCUGUACGAGGACAGAGUUUACCAUCCACAUCUCCCAGCAGUCACUGCCUGGGCUGGAACGUGAGAGUAUCUAUCUGGGGGACCGCUCAUGUCCCGCCCAGCUGACACCUACCACCUAUAAGAUACUGGCACGUUUUGAAAAAUGUGGCACUGCAGGCCAGCCACGGCGUAACAUCACUAUGCUGGUGAACACGCUCUACAUCGACUUCUCCGACGGGAAGGGGAGGAGCAUCCAGGAGUACGAGGUACAGUGCGAUGCCCAGCGCAAGAUGGCCACCAUUCACAUUGUCUCAGCCGAGGAGCGCCAGAGGAUGAACGAGCUGGCCCGACGCCAAGCAGAGGGGUCUGGGGGAGGGGGAGGGAAGGAGGCAGACCCAGAGCCUCAUGACCCCAGUGAUAUAGUGUUUAUUAGCAUCUGUGUGCUGGCUGUUGUACUGAUGGUGAUCGCUGUAAUCUGGCUGGUACUGCUUUAGUAGAGAUGGGGGUACGAGGAGGGAGAAGAGGGCAGAGGUGGGCGACGCAGUCUGUGAGCCAGG